UCAAAAGACAUGUAAUACUCGUAGCACUGGGUGCUUUUAAUUAUUGAAAGGUAUUCUGAAAUUUACGUUGGUAGAUACGAGUACAUUUUAGUUCGUGAUGUGAAUGUGAUGACCGCUAUUCGUGAAUCAUUUUGAAAUCGUAAAGUCGUUUGAAAAAUUCUGCGAAUUGAGCCGAGUAGUGGGCAAAAUUAUUUUUCAAUUCGAUAUUAAAAUAAUCGGUGUUUUAAAUGCAUGGUGAGAUUUUUAAUUUAACGUAAAUUUAUCAUCUAUUCGAUAUUUUGAACGUAAACUCGCGAUGUGGCGGAAUACUACGUUUUUACUGACGCUUUUAUUGACCACAUUUGUAAUGACGCAAGAAAACGCACCGAGUGACUCAGCCGGAUCUACUAUACCAGAACCAAUCAGCGAGCCACUUCCCAGUCCCGAUUCAGCCCCACAACCUCCUGCUCCCACCGAACCUGAACCACCAAAACCUGCAGAUCCAGAACCACCAAAACCUGCAGAUCCAGAACCGCCAAAACCAGCAGAUCCAGUACCAGAAGCAGCCGCACCACAACCUGUCGAACCAGCUCCUGAGGUAGCACCAUCCCCAGCUGCUCCAGCUGAACCCUCAACUGAGGCAACACCACCUCCACCAGCUCCUGUCGAGGCUGCUCCAGCACCUGAUACUACAUCUGCACAACCACCUGUUGACCCAGCUACUGAGGCAACGCCACCUCCACCAGCUCCUGUGGAGGCUGCUCCAGCACCCGAUACUACAUCCCCACAACCACCUGCAGAUCCAGCUACUGAGGCAACACCACCUCCACCAGCUCCUGUCGAGGCUGCUCCAGCACCUGAUACUACAUCAGCACAACCACCUGCUGAUCCAACUACUGAGGCAACACCACCUCCACCAGCUCCUGUCGAGGUCGCUGCAGCACCUGAUACUACAUCAGCCCAACCACCUGUUGAACCGUCUACUGAGGCGACACCUCCCCCACCUUCUGCUGCUGAGACCAGUCCUGAGGUGACCAAUGCAACGACACCACCAACACCUCCUGUAGAAGCGAGCUCAGCUCCUAGUACAACAUCAGAACUCCCUCCAGCUGAACCCAGCUCAGCAUCGACUCCUUUGAAUGUAUCCGAAUCAGUAAACGAAACAACCACGACACAGCCGCCUCCAGUAGAAACCACUUCAGCUCCCGAGACAACAUCAGAGCAGACCACUUCAAUUACCAAUGCCACUGAGGAAAUCGUAUUAGAAUCAACUGUCGAAGAAACAAACGCUACAGCGCAAUCUCAAAACGCUUCGAGUUUGCCUCACGAGGCAGAUCCUGAAAAGAAAUCCAACGAUGCUCCAGCCCAAAAUCCAGAAUUAACCGGAACCGCUAUUUUCACCAUCGUUGCGGUAAUAUUUAUUGCAUUUUUAAUUUGGAAAGCCAUCAGAAAUCCAGAUUACGACUAAACGUUGUUGUUUUUAAAUUGAUUUUCACAGAUUUUGGCUUAUUUAUCGUAAAAAAAGGAAUUCAUUUUUAAUCUCGUGAUCCAUCGAAAUCAUCAAGUUGCAUUUGAAUUUUUCAUCGAAAAAAAAGUUAUCGGGAGAAGAUCUAGCCUGUUUGAGAAAUAAAUGGAAUUUAAAAUAUGUAUCUUACGUUAUACGUCUACGCUUGUGUUGUAAUAAGUUGGAAUAAUUUUAGUAUACGGUAACAACAACAAUGUUGUUACUGAUAAUGAAUGAAUUCAUUUGUAAUUACAUUACUAACUAAUUAAGAAAUUUUAAUGAGGUGGUAAAAAUUCACAUCAUGAUGUACCUAUGAAAUUGCAUUUCACAGUGAUGAUAAUCUUACAAUCACCAACUACGUUCAACUAUGUAUUUUAUUUUUGUUUUGUUUUUUAAUAUGUAUUUAUAUGUUAUUAAUGUAUUGAUUCGUAAUUCGUGUAGUUAGAAGUAAAUUCUCUACCACAUUUGUCCCUAACAAUAAUUGAAUGCGCUUGAAAAUCCUAUUCGAUAAAUAUUUUUAUUUUAUUCAGAAUAAGUUACGCUAUGUUUAUAAACAUUACCUACCUAUACCUACCUACCUUACUACCUAUUUAGUUUAAAAAAAUUAAAUUUCACUUUUUACAAAAUGUA